GCGACCGCCGCCACCGACAACACUACCGUCUACCAGUUACCACCGCUGCAACCAUCGCCGUAGGUUCGUCUGUUCGUUCUUUUCGUUCGCUUAUUUUUCUUGAUUUUUAAAAUUUUAUCGUCAUUUAAACUUUUAUCGUGUGCGAACGUGGGAAAGUGCGAUUUUCCGACGUCCAAACGCUAGACACAACUACCACUAUUAAUUAGUAAAUAACCGUCAACGUCGUCGGUCGGGAAAUUCUCGUUGCCGAAAGAAAUAUACCCCGUAAGUGGCAUUAUUGUUUGUGACUUACUUACCUAUAACCUACUACCUAAAGUCAUUACGUGAUCUCGCGAGUCGCGAUCCCGUCGACUUUCGUUAACCCUCGUUCUGCGAAACGUUUGAAUUUUUAUUUUCCUCUCGUUUUUGAUUUCAAAAUCUGUGUCCGUACUGGCCUCAAAAACAUCACUAUUGUUUUUGGGGUAGGUCCUUGCACUUGGUGACAUCUUUUAUUGCAUUUCACUGCUCUUCGGGUCCCUUGAUGUCUGUGACGCUCUCAUCCGAUGUCAGUGUUCUUUGUCUGCUACUGAAGUGUGGUUUGUCGACCUGUGACUACACCAGUCCCAUGUGAAUAACAAACAUGGACGUGCCAAAUAAUUUCAAGCCGUACCUCUGCAAGUUGGACGAUAAUGAUUGUGUUUCGCUCGUGAACAUAAUCAAGUCAUUCAAUACACCUGUAAGCGAAGAGCAUGCAUGGGCUUUGUGCUAUCAGUGUGCCAAGUGUUUCAAGAAUGCUUUUGAACGUGAACCAAACAGGUGUCGAGUGGUCAAGAAUCUAGAAGAAGUCCGUAUCCAUAAGGAUGGAUUCAUACACCCCAGUACCAUCUUGAACACUGAAGAAAUAGCUGAAUCUCGUGAAAAUAUUGAGAAACUAAGUAAUGAAAAUGAUAGUAAAACUAUCCUUCAACAUCAUGUGAUUGCCAGUCUAGGAUACAUUGUUUUUCAAGUCCUAGAUUUUGGAAUCGAUGAAGAUGAAGAAAGGUCAUUAAAUCCAGAGUUGGAAUCAUUAAUUAAACGAAUGAUAGCUUCAUUUGAAUAUGGUUUGCAUGCUCAAUCUAUGGACCAUGGUCAAUCAGGAGAAACUGAUGAUGAAGGAAUUGAAAGAGAUUCUGCCGAAUGUGAAGAAAUAUCACGAAAUAAUUUUGCUACUUUUGAUGAUGUGUUAGAGGAAUGCAGUAGACAUAUAGGUGUGUCAGGAUUGGGUUCUGAAACUCAUUAUAAAGCAGUAUGCAGAGCAUUAGUGGCAGAGGCUUUAGAGCUUUCGUCAUUUUUAGAUAAAUUAUCUGAUGGAACUGUCAGUUUAAGACACAGAAAUUCUACUUCAGCUGAAUUAAGUACAUUGGAUUACAGUGAUUGGCCCAACCGCAGAAAGUGGAGUAUUUUACAAGCACGUUUAUGGAUACAAUUAAUACGGGAAUUACGACGUGGUGUGCAAUUAAAAAAAGUUGAUCAAAGAUCUCGUACUGGAGAUGAAUUUGUUGAAUAUGCAUUAACCCCCUAUGAAAUGUUAAUGGAUGACAUAAGGUCCAGAAGAUAUACUUUAAAGAGAGUAACUCCUCCAGAAAUUCCUGCCAGAAUUCAAAGAGAUGCUCAUGAUGCAAUACUUGAAUUUAUUAGAUCAAGGCCUCCAUUAAAAAGCGCUGCAGCAAGAAAACUAGCUCCUCGUCGACAAGAUAAACUAUCACCGAGAGAACAUCUAUUAGAGUGUAUAAAAAGUGGAAACGUCAAGUUGCGUUCUACUUCAUUAACCAAAAGCCCUUUCCGUAAUAUAAAAUCAUCAAGAUCAAUGUCGAGUCCUCCAAACCGUAACAAUAAAUCAAAAAUUCACUAUGACGAUUCAUCAAUGAACAAUUCAGAAGACGAAUAUAUGCCAAACCAAUCCAUAAAAAGUAUGCUUGAUCCAAACAAGGAGCGCAAGCUUAUAAAAGUGGAUUUUUCUGCAUUAGCACGUUUAGUGAGUUCUGAUUCUGAAGACGAUUUUGAUGACGAUGAAGAAGAUAACAAAUUUAAGACUUCUACAGUGGAAAAAACUGAAGAAUCCACAUAUUUGGGCGUGUCCACUCAAGGAAGAGAAGAAAAACAUGGACCUACAGACACAAAAUCCAAUAAAAAUAUCCAUGCGAUAAGAAAACAGCAACGAAGACAUACAAUUGCUGAUCAAUCAUCUCUGUCUUAUAUAAAACCAAUGGGUGGAUUGUGGAAGCAAUCUCGCAGACAAUCUAUGUACAAAAAUACUUUACCUACUAGUGAUUGUUUGACCUUGACUCUGCAAGAGCUCAUACAUAUUCGUAGUGUGCUUACUAAAGCAGAAAUUGAAAGUUUACCAGUUGAAGGAAAUUUCAAAGAAGAUGUUGAAAAUCGAAAAGUUUGCUUCUUAUGUAUGAAAACCAGAUUUGGCAUUUUUGGACCUUGGGGACAGGAAUGCAAAAUGUGCCAACGCACAGUGUGUUCAAAAUGUUGUACCAAAAUGCGCAUGCCAACCGAUCAUUUGUCCCAAAUCCCAGUUGUAGCACUCAGUCCAAAUGUAGCAAUAUCUGAACAAAAUCCUUGGUGGUCAAAGAGCAGUUGGGGCAGUGCUCCAUCUAGUCCUCAAAAAACAGUUGGCUGUCCUAAUAACAGUAUGUCUGCAAGUUACCAUGGUUCGUCUACAGUCACACAAAACAUCACUCGCACCAAAUAUAGUGCACAAAUGGCUGUCUGCCUGGACUGUAAGACAAUGGUACUGCAAGAAAUCAAAACCUCUAGAGUGAAUCGUUCAAAUUUACUUCGCCAUUUAACACUUGACUUGUCAUCUGUUUAUUAGUCAAUUGCACAUUGAUAUGUAUUCCUUUCAUAUUCACUUAACAUUCCAUUGUUGAUUGAUUGCUUAAUAUUAUUUGAAAUUGUAGUAUUAAUUUACUUAGUGUAUAUUUACUAUAACUCUUGAUAAUUGUAUUGAACGCCUAAUUCAAUGACUAAAAGUCAUUUCUAUUUGAUAGUUGUAUUUAAUUAAUUGAAAUUAAAUUAAUAAACACCAUUGUAGCACAAAUGAAACACAUAUUGUAUAAUUUUUAAUUGUAUUGUAAAAAUUUAAUUGUUCAUGUAUAAUUCAUAUAUUUUUGUCUUUUAGAAUUAGUAAUUAUUUUGAUUAUUGUUGCAAUUUAUUUUUUGGUAUUGAUACUGCAGUUGUCUGGAUUGCUGGAAUCUCAGUAGAUUUGUUUCUGAUUGUUUAGUUAUUCAUCUUAAAUGUUAAUUACUGUAAUUGUAAAUGAAAUAAUCGAUGUUGAAAUUUAAAAUUUUAAACUUAUUAUGUAUUGCAAUAUAUUUUUUGACAGUUGA